UUUGCUUGUUUGGCCGCCUCAGGGCGUUUUGCGGUUAAAACCCGAUUAACUCAAAAAAGCAACGAAACAAAAAAUCAAAUUGGCUUAAAUCGAACGUGACGUUCGAGCACGUCGCACCUAGAAUAUUGAUUCUGGAGGCUCAAAGGGUGCUUCAUCAAACGAUGCAGUAUUUCCAAUACAUCAUUACCAUACUCUUUGUUGAUGGGAUUUAUGUCGGCCUGGCGAGGGGGAGAGCUCCGACUUCCGCCAAUAGAAAUAUUAAGAGAUUGGACGUCGCCAAUAACAACUUGUUCGAGAUAAAACGGGAAACUUUUAACAACUACCCGGAACUCGAAGAGUUAAAUAUAAUCAACUCGGGAGUCACUUCCAUCGCGGAUAAAGCUUUUUAUGAUUUGCCACAUCUGAGCCGAGUGAACAUGUCGAAGAAUUUUAUUACCAGCCUGAGCCAUAAGAUAUUCAGACCUCGUAGCAAAUUAUGGAAAUUCGAUGUUUCCUCCAACAUGCUAAAUAAUCUUGACACUUUCGACGUAAGUUAUUUCCCGGAGCUGGAGCUUGUGGAUGUUUCAAACAACCAAUUAAGAUUUCUUCCGGAGAGUUUCAUACGGAAGCUGGAAAGUGGUGGCGGGUUUAGGGUAAUCAGUUACAAUAAUCCCUGGAACUGCCAACACAAGAACUGGAGUCACCUUCUGAGUGAAAAUCUGCGAAAGGAAUUUUGUGCGGACGAAGCCAGGCUCGAUUUGACACAAACACUGGCUUUGAAGCUUCCGCCCCAAGCCAAUUUUGUAACUUGCGCUUUGUGGGUGUUUGGGGCGUUCUGGGUCGGCAUAAUUGCGGGAAAUAUGUGUCUGAUAAAAAAGAUCAUCUUCCCGGAGAAACCCAUCGUGAAAGUAGACCAGAGCACCAACACUCAUCAUGAUUCGCUUUCGUUCAUUUAUGUUCGUGAUGUGAUUAAGACGGAGUGUAGGUUGAAACGUCCUGCCACAGAUAACGAAAUGUUUGUUUAAUGUUAGUGUAAUGGGAUGGCUAGGGUUAAUUAAACUUCACACUUGGA